UCAGGUAGAAUGGCGAAAUCAGUUCGUUUUGUUUUUAUUUUAUUUGUUUUUGCCUUUCCAACAGACAUUUUAUCUGGAAGACAUGGUCAUCGGGGUAAAGUUAACGAUAGCAAAAUAGUUGGUGGCUACGAUACGACCAUCCAGGACUUCCCUUAUCAAGCAUAUCUGCUGCUACAGAAGGGCUCGGACUACUAUCAAUGUGGAGGAUCCCUUAUAAGCGAGAAUUACAUUUUGACAGCGGCACAUUGUCUUUCUGGCGUCUCAAAAGUUUUCGCUAGAGUAGGCAGCACCAAUGCGGACAGCGGCGGUACACAGUACCAGAGUACUCAGUUUAGAACACAUCCUAGAUACAAUCCUGCGACUUUGGAUUAUGACGUGGGACUGAUUCGUUUUUCGAGGAAGAUAAACUUGGAUGGAACGAACACUAAAGCUAUUCAGCUGGCUGAGAGAGGGAGUCCUGUUCCACCGGACACUCCUCUUACUGUAUCUGGUUGGGGAGCUACUUCGGAAAAUGGUGACGUUAGUCCAACUCUAAUGGCUGUUGAAGUGCCAACUGUAUCUACUGAGGACUGUAAUAAAGUAUACGGCGAUAUUACAAGGAGGAUGAUUUGCGCCGGUGUUCCCGAAGGUGGCAAGGAUUCGUGCCAGGGUGAUUCAGGAGGUCCUGCUGUUGGAGAUGGACCAAUCCAGUUAGGAAUAGUCUCAUUCGGUGUCGGUUGUGCUCGCAAAGGGUACCCUGGAGUGUACUCAAACGUGUCUCGUCUAAGGAAUUGGAUUAGGAGGAACUCCGGCGUAUAUGUUUCGAGUGUGCCUGCUGAUGUUACCAAGCGAUAUGGAAAUAAUGAUGACCAUAAAAUUGUCGGAGGGUACAAUGUCACCAUACAACAGUUCCCCUACCAAGCGUACUUGCUACUGAAGUCAGGAAGACAGUUUUUUCAGUGCGGUGGUUCCAUUAUAAGUACACGCAUUAUAUUGACAGCAGCGCAUUGUUUAACUAGAACAAGAAAAGUAAUUGCCAGAGUAGGCAGCACGGAGUCAGACACUGGUGGCACGCAAUACACCUCACGAACCUUCAGAACACAUCCUCGCUUCAAUCGCGCAACCUUCGAUUACGACGUAGGAUACAUUCGUUUUACAUCCAUUGUUAUUGAUGGUGUGAAUACUGCUAUUGUACCACUUGUAGAGAGUGAUACUCCUGUUCUGCCUGGCACUUAUCUUAUAGUUACUGGUUGGGGAGCCACGACUGAAAAUGGCGAUGUAUCUGAGAACCUAAUGGCAAUUCAAGUACCAGUUGUGUCUAAUGCGAGGUGCAAGCGAUCGUACGAUACUAUCACGCCCAGAAUGAUUUGUGCUGGCGUGCCUGAAGGUGGCAAGGACUCUUGUGGGGGUGAUUCUGGAGGACCUGCGGUGUCAGAGGACGGAGUACAACUAGGAAUAGUUUCCAAUGGGAUCGGCUGCGCCAGGCCGGGGAUACCUGGAGUAUACACAAAUGUCUCGAGUAUCCGGGACUGGAUUAGACGUAGCACAGGCGUUUAG